GUUUGUUUAAAAAAAUAUUUGAUCACCUACCCUUCGUCUUCUUCCAUAGUGUUCUAUCAGUUUCUCCGUCAGACUCUUUGUCAAUCUUUAUCCAGCCCCCUAACAGAAAAAAUAGAAGAAAAAGAAAAUGUCGGCAAUGUCAGGGAAGAUUGUUCAAAAUGUUUUUGUAGCACAAACCUACCAAAAGAAUAGGAAGUUCGAGACCCAAUACCGAAGGGACUGUUGUGCCCCUUGUAUGCGCAACUUGCUUCCCUUUCAAGGAGGGAAGUUGGCAUGGACUGGCAUAUCUUCCAUGCAAAUGCGCAACCCAUUCAAAUACCAAAGUGGUUUUAUUAACCAAGGAACUGUUUACUGCAACGCUUCAUCUACUACUGCAGUACCAGCGCUUGACAAAGUUGAUUUUCUUAAACUUCAAAAUGGCAGUGAUAUUCGUGGUGUUGCUGUUGCUGGUGUCGAGGGGGAACCUAUUAGCCUCACCGAACCAGUUACAGAAGCAAUAGUAGCUGCCUUUGCUGCAUGGUUAUUGGACAAGAAAAAGGCUGAUGCAUCCCAACACUUGUGUAUUUCGGUCGGUCAUGAUUCUCGCAUAUCUGCACAAAUGUUACAGGAUGCGGUUUCGCGAGGCAUUGCUGGUGCUGAUCUGGAUGUUGUUCAAUAUGGUUUAGCAUCCACACCAGCAAUGUUUAAUAGCACACUCACAGAAAAUGAUGCAGUUUUAUGUCCAGUUGAUGGGGCUAUUAUGAUUACAGCUAGUCAUCUGCCUUACAACCGGAAUGGGUUCAAAUUCUUCACAAAUGCUGGAGGGCUUGGGAAAGCUGAUAUCAAAGACAUCCUGGAGCGUGCUGCUCAUAUAUACAGUAACUUUACUGAUGAAGGUUUAUUGAAUUUGCGGAAGAAGGCCUCCGCAUCUGUUAAGAAAGUUGAUUACAUGACUGUGUAUGCAUCUGGUCUGGUAAAGGCUGUCCAAAAAGCUGCUGGAAAUAUAGAGAAGCCAUUGGAGGGAUUCCAUAUCGUUGUUGAUGCAGGAAAUGGAGCAGGAGGAUUUUUUGCUGCUAAGGUUCUUGAGCCUCUGGGUGCUAUAACUUCUGGAAGUCAGUUCUUGGAGCCAGAUGGUUUGUUUCCCAAUCAUAUUCCCAACCCGGAGGAUAAGGUAGCAAUGAAGGCUAUCAUUCAGGCAGUCCUUGAUAACAAGGCUGAUUUAGGUAUCAUCUUUGACACGGAUGUUGACAGAUCUGCUGCUGUGGACUCAACUGGUCGUGAAUUUAACCGGAAUCGUCUAAUUGCCCUUACAUCUGCCAUCGUUCUCGAGGAACAUCCAGGAACAACUAUUGUCACAGACAGUGUGACUUCAGAUGGGCUGACAACUUUUAUUGAAAAGAAACUUGGAGGAAAGCACCAUCGGUUCAAAAGAGGGUAUAAAAAUGUCAUUGACGAAGCUAUUCGUCUGAAUUCUAUUGGAGAGGAAUCACAUCUGGCUAUUGAAACCAGUGGCCAUGGAGCUCUCAAGGAAAAUCACUGGCUUGAUGAUGGGGCAUAUCUCAUGGUUAAACUCUUAAAUAAACUUGCUUCAGCCAGAGCUGCCGGAGUUGGUGGUGGUAGCAAAGUUUUGACUGACUUGGUAGAGGGUCUCCAAGAACCAGGAUUUGCUGUGGAAUUGAGACUGAAAAUUGAUCAAAAUCAUCCAGAUCUUAAAGGAGGAUAUUUCCGUGAUUAUGGGGAGGCCGUGUUGAAACAUUUAGAGAACCGUAUAGAUUCUGAUCCAAAGCUUCAGAAAGCUCCUGUUAACUAUGAAGGGGUUAGAGUUUCUGGCUUUGGUGGGUGGUUCCUUCUAAGACUCUCUCUUCACGACCCUGUUCUUCCCCUUAACAUUGAGGCACCUAGCCAUGAAGAGGCUGUGAAACUUGGACUCGCAGUGUCUGCUGCUCUUAAUGAGUUCCAAGCCCUGGACACAUCUGCCCUGGACAAAUUCAUCCAAGCGUUGUAAGUGGUACUGCUGAAGUAACACCUUUUUUUGGUAAAAUUUGGAGCUGAUGUGUAGCACAAGUCUGUAAAACUCGUUUCUUUCUCAGUGGGAAGGCGACCACAUUACCCAGGUUCAGUUGCAGAGAGAUGAAUAACAUAAUAAUGCAUUUGCAGUUUUGGUUUGCUUUGCGGUUUGAGCUCUUUUAACUUACAUCUG